UCCAUAGAUUUAUUCUACAAUACGCCCCUUCUACCUGAUACCACCUAGAGUGUAAAACAAACAUUUAUUAAACUAUUAUUCGCGAUUAAGCAUCUUUAAGAUCAUAAAAUAACCGCAGGACUAACGAGCACGGUGCUCGCAGUGACGUCACACGCUUCAGGUCUGCCACUUAAUAGCUAACAACAACACGAGAGCCCGGAAAGCUAGCGACCUCAAAUAAGAGGGGGCAACCCGCGUCCUUCUGGCGGGUUCUGCUGCAGAUGGACGUUUGGAGCGAGCGCUGACGAGUGGACAAAACGCUUCCUCCUCCGCUUGCGACCAACAUUUUGCGUCACACUGGCGAUGUCAAGAGUCCCGAGCCCCCCUCCCCCGGCGGAAAUGUCCAGCGGGCCUGUGGCUGAGAGCUGGUGCUACACGCAGAUCAAAGUCGUAAAGUUUUCGUACAUGUGGACCAUCAACAACUUCAGCUUCUGUCGCGAGGAGAUGGGCGAGGUCAUCAAGAGCUCCACCUUUUCCUCAGGCGCUAACGACAAGCUCAAGUGGUGUUUGCGAGUCAAUCCCAAAGGCCUGGACGAGGAGAGCAAAGACUACCUGUCGCUCUACCUGCUGCUGGUCAGCUGUCCCAAGGCCGAGGUCCGAGCCAAGUUCAAGUUCUCCAUUCUCAACGCUAAGGGGGAGGAGACCAAAGCCAUGGAAAGCCAGCGGGCCUAUCGCUUCGUGCAGGGUAAAGACUGGGGAUUUAAAAAAUUCAUCCGGAGAGACUUCCUCCUCGAUGAAGCCAACGGUCUUCUGCCCGACGACAAGCUCACGCUCUUUUGCGAGGUGAGCGUGGUGCAAGACUCUGUUAACAUUUCGGGCCAGAACACCAUGAACAUGGUGAAGGUCCCUGACUGCCGACUGGCCGAUGAGCUGGGCGGCUUGUGGGAGAACUCACGCUUCACUGACUGUUCUUUGUGUGUGGCCGGACAGGAGUUUCAGGCCCACAAAGCCAUCCUGGCAGCUCGCUCUCCUGUUUUCAGCGCCAUGUUUGAACAUGAGAUGGAAGAGAGUAAAAAGAAUCGUGUGGAAAUCAACGACGUGGAGCCUGAAGUCUUCAAAGAAAUGAUGUGCUUCAUCUACACCGACAAGGCCCCCAACCUGGACAAGAUGGCUGACGACCUGCUCGCCGCCGCUGACAAGUACGCUUUGGAGAGACUGAAGGUGAUGUGUGAGGACGCGCUGUGCACCAGCCUGUCGGUGGAGAACGCCGCCGAGAUCCUCAUCCUGGCCGACCUCCACAGCGCCGACCAGCUCAAAACGCAGGCCGUCGACUUCAUCAACUACCACGCGGCCGAAGUGAUGGAGACAUCCGGCUGGAAGUCCAUGGUGGACUCCCACCCUCACCUGGUGGCCGAGGCGUACCGCUCGCUAGCGUCGGCCCAGUGCCCCUUCCUGGGACCGCCUCGUAAGCGUCUCAAACAAUCUUAAAGGGGCCCCGCAGCUUUCAACGUCAGCACACAAACGUCACCACAAAACGGAGACCCUUUGUCCCCCCUUUUUGCUGUUACUACACCACCUACAGCCUCCGCCUUGCGCUCCCAAUCCAGAACCUGCUGUAUUUUAGUCCCAAGAUGGAGGCAAGAGGGGGAGGAGAGGCAUGUGGUAAGUGAAUAUUUGUCGUUUACAGAAAAACAAACCUGCACUUUCCUCCACGGCUCUCGAGGUGGGAUGUUGCGCUUUUUUUUUUUCUUUUUUUUUUUCUUCCCCUUCCCCCACAUAUGUGAAGACGUCCUUCACGCACUUGAACAUUUGCUGUUUUUUCAGUAAGCCAUCAAGGACACCCCGACGAAAGGGCUAGUCAAACAGAUACAAAAGAAAAUCGGGUUUUCUCAAAGAAAUUUGGGAGCGAUUGCACUAAAUAAAGACCACACAAAAUCCCCGAUGAAUCAAGAGUUACCAGCAGUCAAGUGGAACUACCGUAGGCAAGCACACGGACAAGUAGACCCUUUAAACAAACUUCAUUUUUAUGAUGAUUUCUGAAAAACAACAAUAUUGACAGUGAUAGAGUUGCUCUCUAAAAACAAGUCUCAUUGAACACCUCGGCAACCUUUGCGCUGUUCUAACAGCUGUAACGCCUUGGAUGCCAUUGACGGCGAUAGACGUCCAAUCCGUUUGAAAUGGGAGGGUUAGCAGCGAAUGAACAUUUGUUUUGAGUUUCCCGUCUACUUGUGACACUCGUUGAAAUUCACAGUCGAAGACGUCCAUCAUUGUCAAUGGAACUGAAAGAGUUCGUUAUUUUAUGAAAGAACUCAUUGAAUGCCAUUGAUGGUGAUUGAUGAAUCGGAUUGGCGUGAUUUUUUUCCCCUUCCAUUUAAGACUACAGAAAUUUAAAAAAUAUAUAUAGAGGGAGAUUAAAUAGAUUUUUUUUACUACCCCCCUUUUGCAAGUGACUAUUUUUGUCAUUUGAAAAACUUGUUUUCAAUUUUUGUAUAAUUAAUAAUGAUUCUUUCAUUGUUAUUAUUAUUAUUAUUAUAAUUAGAAUAGUUAUUUUGGUUAUGAUUGCUUUAAAUGCUAUUUUUAUAUAUUUAUAAAUACAUUUAUAGAUAAAAUUAUUAAUAUUUAAUAAUUAAUAAAACAAAAAUAAAAUAGGAACUUUUUCAAUGAUAUGAGUGCCCUAUAUUGGAAUAAAAAAAUUUUGAAAAUAAAAUUAAAAAAAUAUUUAUUCUUCACAAAAUAAAAUGUAUAAAAGAAGUUUUAGUUUUUUUAAAAUUCAUAUUUAAUUUGUACAUAUGUGAAAAAAAUAUUUUGUGUUUUUUAACUUUUUUUCCCAGUAAAACAAUAUGCAAAACAAAGAAAAAAGAGCAAACAUUUAUUGCUUCCAGUCCAAAUGGAUUUGAUGUCUAUCCCCAUCAAUGGCUCCAAACAUGAAUAUUAAUUCCUAGUUCAUAUUCCGUUAUAUCCAGUUUUACAAGGUGACAUACACUGUGCAGAAACACACGAUUCUUUUUUUGGCUUAUUGUCUGAAGUCAAGUCAGACUAAACCUCUCCUGAACAAAAGCUAAAGACCUUGAGAACAUGCUGGAUGAAGCUAAUAAGAAAUCACUAGCCGCAAUGAAGCCAUUAUACCUAAAGAAACAUAAAAAUGCCAGAUAACAGUUUGAAAAAAAGACUAAUGUGGAGAUGUUAGGCCAUAAUGACCAUUGUUGUAAAAACGGGGGAGGCUUCUAGAACUUAGAAUACCAUACUGUACCUACUAUGAAGGUUGUGGGGUUGAUUUGCUACAGCAGGAACUGGAGCGCUUCAUAAAACAGAAGAAAAGAACAUGCAGAUAUUGAGUCAGCAUCUCAAAGGAAGCCAAAACUUGUUCGCAAAUGAGUCUACCAAAUGGACAGUGACCCUAAUCAUGCUGCUAAAAUUGUUAAAAAGUGACUCAUUAUUGUGGCAUUAAAAAAAAAAGUUUAAUAAUCCCGACUGAUCUGAAGCAGGAGAGUUUUAGUCUGAUUUGACUUAAAUGAAAGUUUUUUUUACAGUGUAUGUGAACGUUUUUCAACUGUAGAUUAAACAUCUAUCGCUGUCAAUAGCAGUGAACAAGUUAACACCAUACAAUCACACAUUUUGCCGCAAACUCAGUUCAAAUUUCUUUUCUCUACUGACGUGACAGCUUUUGUGGGCCGUUAAAAAUGAAAUGAACACGUUUUAAUGUUCAAACGAGACCAGAAUGUGAAAGCAGAAGACAAAAAAAAACCCCAAAACGUUUGUUUUAAUCUUUGCCGGUGAGGGAAAAAGUGCUCAAUGAGUGGAGAAGGAAGCCGAGUUGUUUCUUUCCUGUAGAUAUAUAUUGUUGCUUUAGGACAAGUGACACUUAGUUGUUGCCAUUUUUUGUUCCCGAAAGAAUAAACCACAACUAUUUUGUAUUGAAAGCAAAUCUCGACUGCUUUUUUUUCCCUUCCUCCCAGAAGACUACAAAUAGAAGUUUUUCAUG